UCAGAGGCGGGGCCAAUGGGCGGGCGGAAAGGGACGCGCGUGCGCACAGCGGGCCAGGGAGGGGGCGGAGCGGAGGAAAAACGUACUGAGGACGGGAGCUGGCGAGGCUCAUGCUGGAGGGCUUCGCGUCUGGGGAAAAGCUGGUGGCAGCUGGUGGCAGCGAGGGUACCGGUGACCAUGAGAUCUCUGCGACUGCUCAGAAUUCCCUUCCUGUGUGGUCUGCUCUGGGCCUUUGGUGUCCCAGGUGCCAGGGCCGAGGAGCCUGGGGCCAGCUCCUCCCAUCACGGCAGCAUGGGCCUGGAUAAGAACACAGUGCAUGACCAAGAGCAUAUCAUGGAGCAUCUCGAAGGUGUCAUCAACAAACCAGAGGCGGAGAUGUCCCCACAAGAGCUGCAGCUCCAUUAUUUCAAAAUGCAUGAUUAUGAUGGCAAUAAUCUGCUUGACGGCCUAGAACUCUCCACGGCCAUCACUCAUGUCCAUAAGGAGGAGGGAAAUGAGCAGACACCAAUGAACGAAGAUGAGUUGAUCAACUUAAUAGAUGGUGUUCUGAGAGACGAUGACAAGAACAAUGAUGGAUACAUCGACUAUGCCGAAUUUGCAAAAUCCCUGCAGUAGACCUGAUGUGGCCAUCGCCCAGUUAAAUGCAAGUCUGACCCAUUAUAAUGUGAUCGGACACUUUCCAUAAUGCAAAAUAACUCAUUUCCAAAAUACUGCUUUGGUAUUUUGGUAAAAACCUGUAGCAACUUGUUACACUGGGGUGAGAAAGAGAAAUCAAGAGAAAUAAAAAAGCAGAGGAAUGGGACCUACUGUAGUCCCCAAGUACUGUUAAAUAUCUUAUUGGACAAGGGCUUGAUAAAAAAAUUGGAUGAUUGGAGCUGAGCACUCAGGAACUUGGACGGAGAAUGCUGCCAGGCUCUUGGUUUUAAUUCAUGCUACCUGAAAAGUAAGACAAGCUUUUGCUAACUGGACACACUUUUCAGUAACUGAAGGAAUGGAAUGAAUGCCAAAUGUUUCCCCUGGGGGUAUCCUGUCUCUUCAGAGGAACGUGGUCAGUAUUCUGUAAAGUUCCCCUGGCCUAAAUGAUUACUUGUUCUGGUCAAGGGAGUAUUUAUUAGGCUAUUCAAAGCCACAGAUCAGAAGAAUGUCAAAUAGUUGAGCUAGCUAGAUUCUAAGAUUCUGUAUCUCCUGACACUUUAGGAACAACACACCACUGACCUAAGUGAUUCACCUUUUUCAGUUUUUCAAUAUUUUAUAAUACUACUGCCACAUCCUUACACUAUCUUUUAUGUCUUCUUCAGCAAAGGAGAGACCUCAAUUCUAAAAGUGUUCCCUACUUCUCAUCAUUAGCAAACAUUUUAGCUUUCUAGGUAUUUGUAUUUAACUCUUGUUUCUAGGGUUUUGUUUUUGCAGUUUAGAAACUCUUAAGAAUGUAAGGACUUUAUCCCUUCUGCUUGAUACAGCAGAGGUGAACGACCAGCCAGUCUAGCCUAAGUGAAAAGUGAAAAGAUUCUUCACCAAGCACAGUGAUUAACCCAACACACAUGAGAUCUAGAAGGAAUAUUGUUUAAAUUACCUCUUCUGCCUGAGUACGUGAAUUCUUUCAGAUCAGUAGAAAAAGAAGCCUAAAAACUCUUUAACAGUGUGAAUCUCAAUUGUAAUUCAAAAUCAGAAGUGGCUGCAGAUUAUAAGUUGGUUUAUGGAAUGUGAUGGAUAUGCUGUGAUAGGAAACCUGAAAUGAUGGUUGAAUGGGUUAAAAAAAAAAAACUGCAUAAAAUUAUCUGUAAGAUAUAUAGACUUAUUUUCUGUACCAAAGUAUUCUUAUAAGAAAAAUAAAUAUUUGUAAAAAUGGUUUCCUGUGUCAGGUAUUGGUGCAAUCAGAGCUGAAUUGUAAACUAUUCUUAUAAUAACUGGUUAUUUUGAAAGAUUUAUAUAAUGAAUUCUGGAUAUAUGACCAAUAAAACUGAUGAAAUGAAAGAGCA